AUGGAUACCAUCUCUGAAAUACAGGAGGAGAAACCCUCGUUGCCGUUUAACGCAAGUCUUGAUCCUUCAAACCCACUAGGGCUUUUGGAGAGAGUUCUUGAAUUUAUUGGAAAAGAGAGUGAAUUUCUGUCGAAAGACACGGCGGAGAAAGAGAUCGCCACUGCUGUUACGGCCUCAAUGAAGAGGUUGAGGGAAGAAGCCAAGAAGGGUGAGGAGGAGAAAGAGAAGGCGGAGAAGGAAAGCUUGAAGCCUACGGAACCCAUGGAGGAUGAGAAGUUUAAGGGAAAAGUGAAUGUCAUCCCUGGUGAGGUUCCAAACAAAGGGAAUGGGCUUGAUCUUGAAAAGUACUCAUGGACACAGAAUCACAAGAACGUCACAAUCACCAUUCCAGUGCCUAGCGGCACCCUUCCACGGUAUGUUAGCUGUAAAAUCGACAGGUACCGUCUGAAAGUUUGUCUCAAUGGGAGUCAUAGAAUCAUAGAUGGAUCUCUUUUCGAUGCUGUGGAGCCUAGAGACUGCUUCUGGAAUCUUUAUGAGAAUGCCAUAAGGGUGCUCUUGACAAAGCAACAAAAGUAUGAGUGGUGGAAAUAUUGUGUGAAAGGGGAACCUGAGAUUGACACUCAGAAAGUUAAACCAAGGCUGGAUGAUUGA